AUGGUCCGGGCCAGAGAAGAGGACGAGUUUGUCUUGACGCUGUCGGACGCCGAAGAAGCACCACCAAGCGAGUCCGAAUCCGACCAUGAUCGAGGAACGAAGCGCAAGCGAGACGAACCAUCCAAGAAGACAGCCAAAAGCAAGAGACAGAAAACACAGUCCAAAAGCCAAAAGCACAUUGAGCCUCAACCAGCGUCCGAGGCAGAAAGUGAAGAAGACCAAGGUGUAGAAGACGGCGCCAUUGAUUCUGAUUUCGAGUUCGAAGUUGGUGCAAACGCAGCGCUCGAGGACCUCGAGGACUUCGAUGGAUGGGGUGCCAACGAGAGUGUGUCAAAGACGAAAUCCAGUAACAAGAAGGGCGUGGACAUUGACGAGCUGAUUGCCCGUCGCGCUGCAAAGAGACAAUCCCAGACGAAUGGCAAGGAGCCCGUCGCGGCAACGGAUGAUGUAGUGGACGACGACGAGGAAUCUCCGGCCGACGAUGAGGAUGGUGACGAUGAGAUACCAGACUUCGACGACGAUGAACUACUAGCACCCGACACGUUCGGUGCCGAAGCUGCCAGCGAAGACGAAGACGACGACGCCGAGUCUGCUGACGGGGAGGAGGCUGAGAACGACGAUGCCUCUGACAACGACUCCGUUGCUUCUCCCACCGCACAUCCAGACGAUCUAGCCUCCGAACAAUCGGAUGCCGAGUCACAAACCUCAGACGCAGACCCAGAAGAGCAGGCAAAGAGAGAUGCCUUCUUUGCUCCUGAAGAGAAGGCCAAAACACCCAACCUCAAAUCCGUCUCCUCGUUCCAGCAAUUCUCCUUAUCACGACCUAUACUACGAGGCUUAGCCACACUAUCUUUCACCACGCCCACUCCCAUUCAGGUCCGAGCCAUACCCGUUGCGCUGCAAGGUCUAGAUGUCGUGGGUUCCGCAGUGACAGGUUCCGGCAAGACGGCGGCUUUCCUUCUGCCCAUCCUCGAACGUCUACUCUACCGCCCACGGAAAGUACCAACCACUCGCGUCGCCAUUCUGAUGCCAACUCGUGAACUGGCUGUCCAGUGUUACAAUGUGGCCAUCGCACUCGCCCGCUUCACCGACAUCACAUUCGCCCAAGUGGUCGGUGGAUUCUCCUUGCGCGAGCAGGAGGCCGUCCUCAAGAAGCGGCCCGACGUCGUCAUCGCUACACCAGGUCGAUUCAUAGACCACAUGCGCAACUCAGCCAGUUUCGCCGUGGAGAGUAUUGAGAUCUUAGUCCUCGAUGAAGCCGACCGGAUGCUGGAGACUGGAUUCGAAGACGAACUCAACGAAAUUUUGAAAACGAUCCCAAAGGGCCGGCAAACCAUGCUUUUCUCCGCCACCAUGACCGAUAGCGUCGACAAGCUCGUCCGCGUAGGCAUGAAUCGUCCAGUCCGGCUAUCCGUUGACGCGAAGAAGAGCACAACCGCCGGUCUCACCCAAGAGUUCGUCCGCCUCAGGCCGGGCAGGGAGACCUUGCGUCUACCGACACUAUGCGUACUUUGCAAGAAAUUUUUCACCGAGCGCACGAUAGUCUUCUUUCGGCAGAAGAAAGAAGCGCAUCGAGUCCGAAUCAUCUUUGGACUUCUGGGCCUCAAGGCCGGCGAACUCCACGGAAGCAUGUCGCAAGACCAGCGUAUCAGCGCUGUCAACGAUUUCCGCGAGGGAAAGACCACGCAUCUUCUUGCAACCGACUUGGCCAGUCGAGGUCUCGAUAUCAAGAACGUCAUGACGGUGGUCAACUAUGAAGCGCCACAGACACACGAGAUCUACGUGCAUCGUGUGGGACGUACGGCUCGUGCGGGUCGUUCUGGACGUGCCUGCACUAUUGCCGCCGAGCCGGAUCGGAAGAUCGUCAAAGCAGCAGUGAAGAGCGCCAGAGGGCAGGGCGCCAAGGUGGUCUCGCGUGCGAUGGAUGUCGAGGAAGUAGACGCGAUGACCGCGCAGAUUGAAGAGCUGGAAUCAGACAUCGAAGAGAUCAUGCGAGAAGAAAAGGAGGAGAAGCAGCUUGCACAGACUGAGACUGAACUUUUCCGCGGCGAGAAUUUGGUCAAGCACCAGGCUGAGAUAUUGGCCAGGCCUAGGCGGACGUGGUUCGAGAGCGAAAAGGAGAAGCUAAAUGCAAAGAGUCGGGGUUUGAUCGAGCUGAACGGGCCUAACGGAGUAGUCAAGGUCAAAGGCGAGAAGAAGAGGUUGAGCAAUAAAGAUAAGAAGAGACUGGAUGAUCACAAGGAGCGUGUGGAAGGCAAGAUGUGGAGGAAGGGUAAAGGCAGCGAGGACGCUGCUAGGAGGGAUAGGCAGGACCGGAAGAAGAGUAAAUCGAAGACCGCCGGGAAACCCAAGGGCAAGACAUUCAAGAAAAGGAGGUAG